AUGGGUAAACCGCGAUGCGGCGUCGAGGACAUUUCGAAGCGCACGUUCGCUCCGCUUUCGGACAAAUGGCCGAGGAAACAUCUCAAAUGGAACUUUCAUCUGAUCAACGACAUAAUCUUGAAAACGACCCGAGCCGCGUUCGAUCUGUGGGCAGCGAAUUCGUCAUUGACGUUCGAGCGCGAUUCGCUGAAUCCCGAUAUUUUGAUAUCGUUUCGUGAGGGGCGUCACGCGAUGCUAUACUCUCGACGAAACGAACCGUGUUCGUCUGCGUUCAGAGGUCCUAACGGAGAUGUCGCUCACGCGUUCUUUCUUACCGGAGACCCCAAUUUCGUCUCGGAGGUGCACGUAGACAAAGCGGAGACGUGGCACAUACAGCUGACUAAGAAUCCCCCGGGGACGUACAAUUUACUUCAGACGUUGACGCUCGAGAUCGGUCACGCUUUAGGCUUGCCGCACACCUUCCGCGAAGAUUCAGUGAUGUUCGCGUUCGUACCUGAGAAGACAUUUCCCGUUCAAUUUACUCUAGAGGACGUUUUUUCUAUUCAACAUCUGUACGGCGCUAAAGAAAACGCUAAAGUUCCAAAAGUAAUAACGACGACGACACCGACGACUACCACAACGACGACGACGAUAGCAACGACGACUACGAAAGACGUCGAGAUAGAUCUGUUCUAG